AUGCUCUGUUCGGUGUUUCCCCAUCAAACCUCGACCUCGCCACUUUCUCCGGUGCCGGACGACUUGAUUUUUGUUUGUUUGGUUGUUUGUAUUUUUUGAUACUGGGCGGACCUGUUGUGGUUUAUUCCCCCCUCCCCCUUCCCCUCACCGGCUGACAGACAACAUUUGACCGGAGGAAGAAGAAGGAGAAGCGGGAAACAUGGCCACGACGACCUGUACAAGAUUCACGGACGAGUAUCAGCUCUACGAGGAGCUUGGCAAGGGCGCUAUCUCAGUGGUGCGUCGAUGCGUGAAGCUGUGCACGGGGCAGGAGCACGCGGCCAAAAUCAUCAACACCAAAAAGUUAUCCGCCAGAGAUCACCAGAAGCUGGAACGAGAGGCUCGCAUCUGCCGCCUGCUCAAACACGCCAACAUCGUUCGUCUUCAUGACAGCAUCUCCGAGGAGGGCUUCCACUAUCUGCUCUUUGACUUGGUGACCGGAGGUGAAUUAUUUGAGGACAUCGUAGCCCGAGAGUACUACAGUGAGGCCGACGCCAGCCACUGCAUCCAGCAGAUCCUGGAAGCCGUGCUUCACUGUCAUCAAAUGGGCGUUGUGCACCGAGACCUGAAGCCGGAGAACCUGCUCCUGGCCAGCAAAUGCAAGAACGCGGCGGUGAAGCUGGCCGACUUUGGCCUGGCCAUCGAGGUGCAGGGGGACCAGCAGGCCUGGUUCGGCUUCGCCGGCACGCCGGGGUACCUGUCCCCCGAGGUCCUGAGGAAGGAGGCCUACGGCAAACCGGUGGACAUCUGGGCCUGCGGGGUGAUCCUGUACAUCCUGCUGGUGGGUUACCCUCCUUUCUGGGACGAGGACCAGCACAAGCUGUACCAGCAGAUCAAGGCCGGGGCCUACGACGUGAGCCUCCCGCCCUCGUCUUCUCUUCUCCUCUCUCCCCUCGCUUCCCUCUUUUCGGCUCUGAGCGGCGCCAUCCUCACCACCAUGCUGGUCUCUCGCAAUUUCUCCGGCUUUCUUUGCGGUUGUUUUCUUUGUUCUGAGUCGCGCCGCAGGAAAGACGCGGCACGUGCGCGAUGCUUGUUUUUCCUCUUUCUCUCCCUGACCCUGGCUUUGCUUUUGUUUCCCACCCAGGGCGCCAUCCUCACCACCAUGCUGGUCUCUCGCAAUUUCUCCGCGGCCAAGACUCUGCUCAACAAGAAGGCCGACGUCAAGAAACGCAAGUCCAGCUCAACUGUGCAGUAUAUGCCUCAAACAAACUGCAAAAACAGCAUAGUCACCAGCCCCAAAGGAAACAUCCCUUCACCCGCUCUGGAAUCAUCAGACAGCAGCAACACGACCGUGGAAGAUGAAGAUGUCAAAGCCCGCAAGCAGGAAAUCAUCAAGCUCACCGAGCAGCUGAUCGAGGCCAUCAACAACGGAGACUUCGAGGCUUACGCCAAGAUCUGCGACCCGGCCUUGACUUCCUUUGAACCCGAGGCGCUGGGCAACCUGGUGGAAGGGAUGGACUUCCACCGCUUCUACUUUGACAACCGUAAGCCUCGCCAAAAUACGCUCCGCCGGCCGCCCGUCGAUUGGCCGCUAGACUGCGCUUCCGUUGACGGAUUCGCUCCCCGCUUUCUGGCCGAGAUCCUGUCACGGGCAGCUUUCGAAAUGAAGGCCUGCUAUCUCCGAAUCAAGAUGGCAGCCGUUCGUGUCCGUCCGCUCGCUCUGGAGUUCAUCGGUUUGUUUUUGACUUUGACACUCGGGCCGUCCGUGUCAGUUUCAUUUUUGCUUUCGAGCGGCCAAUCGGUUUCGUUGACGUUCGACAGUCCAAAGGUUUGGCGGCUCACUUUGCCGGCCUUUUCGUUUGCCGGUUACUUUGUCAGUCGGACGGCAGGCUGAG